CUUAGUUAUUGUUAUCGGGGCCGAGCCGGCAGGAGGUCGGGGACGUUCGGGAGAGAGAAAAAAAGAGAAAAAAGCCAUAAUAACAAACUAAAAAAAAAAAGAAAUUAAACUAACAAGAUCCGUUUCUGGAAAUGUGUUCUGAUCUGAGAUAAUAUCAUAAAAAAGUUAUUUUAGAAUUUUCUUCGAUCAGUGAGACCGAGCCCAAGAAAUCGCCAGAAAAAAAACGGAGCCGCAAUGAUACGUCUGUUGGUUUUAGUGUCGUUGGCGUGCGUCGCUUCGGCCGACGACAGCGAGUUGAUGUCCGUGCCCACUUACCUCAUGAACUACAUCCUGGACUGCAAGAGGCAAUCGAUCGAGAGUGGCUACGGCGUCCCUGUCUAUCAGACGAACAUCAAGACGUCGGGGACGUCUCAGCACGUGAGUCUCCUGGACCUGGACGAGCUCGAGGACUCGCUGAAACAGACGGUGCACAACGAGGCCGUGGUGAAGCACGUGCUGACCCAGGUGAACGACGCGGUCAACACGGCGAACAACAACCCGAAGGCACGGUCGGACUGCACGGUCGAGAACCACAUCCAGAUCGCCGUGCCCCCGCAGGAGAUAGACGAGUUCAACGACCGCGUGCAGAUGCUCACCCAGCAGAACAACUUCCUCCUAAUGGAGCAGAUCAACACGCUGUUCGCCUUCAAACUGCGCUCGAUCAAGAUUGACUUGGAGAAGCUGAUCAAGCGGAGGUACAACGCCAUCGAGAACAGGUUGGAUCUGAUCAUGGGAGCGCUCGGCGUCGAGGUGCCCGAGGAUACCAAGCCGAGCCCCGACGACGAGGACGACGACGAUGGCGACAACAACGCCAUGACUGAAAUGCCGGAGGUCAUCACCGAUUCCGUGUUCCCCAGCCCGGUCCCCCAGCCCGACCCCAGCCCAGAGCCCGAGCCGGUGGCAACGCCCGGCCCUUUCCCGCAGCCCGAACCGACGGUGCAACCGGCACCCGAACCCGCCCCCGAACCGGCACCCGAGCCUAUUUCAGAACCAGAACCGACGUCUCGACCAGAUCUCGACGACGACGAUGACGACGACGACCUAGACAGCACAGAGCGACCCGUCGACACGGACACCACGGAGGACCCCACCUCAGCCGUCGAGUCGAGCGACGAAGCCCCCGACGCCGCGGGGCCCUCCACAGGCUUCAUCAGGACGUCACAGCAGCAGGGGACGUCGCAGGCACAGCAGGUCCCGGUCAGCCCCCUGGUGUCCCACAGCGGCUUCGGCUUCAUGCGGCCCAUCGUGUCCCGCCCCACCCGCCGGAAGGUCCAGCGCCCCAGCAACUUCUGGCGCGAUCGCUUGGAGGCGCGGAGGACGUACGCCCAGCACGCCCCGUCCUACAGGAGAACUCUACGGCGAAGAAAUGGAACGCCAUUGCAUGACACACAGAGUUUUGUCAUGCGCGGCGAUUCCGUGAGGCCAAAUAAGCAAGAUCGCGCCGCAGCCCGCAAAGCGUAUAGGAAUGCAUUCAGAAGAGGAUCGCCGCACGUUUAUGGAGGAUUAUAGACGUUCUUUUGUUUUGUUUUGUUUUCUCCUGGCAUUUGUAGUAUUUAUUGUUUUUAUAGAUGGUUAUGAUAUAGACGUUCUAAUUUUUCCCCUGGAAUUUAAAGUAUUUUUUGGUUUUAUGGAUAUUCAUAAUCUUUGGGGAUGUCACAUGAUUUAAAAAGUUAUAGGUGAUGUUAUGGGGAAUGUCUAUAAAAGGGAUUGCUGUGUGUUCGUAGGGGAUUAUAGAUGCUCUUUUGUUAUUCGGCUGUUUUCUGGCCUGGGUUUAGGUAUCUAUAUUUCUAUAGAUGCUUAGAGUGCUGAAUAAUGCUGUAGUAUUUUUCUUUAUGUUAAAGGAUGAAAAAACAUUCAGAAAAAAGAUAAUAAUCUGUGGGGAUUACAUGAUCUUUUUAUUUCUUCUCUAUUAUCUUAUAUAUCUUAUCUUUUUAUCUAUUCUCUUUUAUUUUUAUUUAUUUAUUUAUCUAUUUUUUACCUAAUUUGCUUUCUGAUGUUAUACACAAGGAGGCUAUAAGUAUCAUCAUCUUUAUAUAAGUUCUAUACAAGGAGGCUAUAAGUAUAUAAGUAUCCUUGGUUCUACAUAGUUAUUUACAUUCUCCUGUUCAUAGAUUGUUCUUUCUAGUUAUAAACGACUUGAUAGCGCGUGUUAAAUUCUCUAAUUAAUGUAAGAAAGCGAACAAUAAUAAAAAAAAUAUACUCACAUAUUUAUAUCAUACAUACAUACAUACUGUCCAUACAAAUGUUUAAUAUAUGUGUAUCUUGGUGUCGAAAAGGCAUUGUAAACAGUCGUCACACUUUAUAUCGUAAAUAAACUGCUAGUUCUAAAUA